ACGUUUCCUCUCGUGCACGUUGUGACGUGUGACGACGAACCGGAAUCCGGAAAUACGGAAAAACGAUUCUGUUCUGCAUCUUUUUUCCUCUAAAUACAUCUGGCUGUUGCGUCGAUACGUCCUGAACGCACCGCAGUCACAAACAUCCCAGUUUGUUGAGUCACCGGCUUCGCCGCUUCACCUCCAUCACAAGGCGGUGUUCAGGGGCUCCGUGUCGCUGUUGGCCUUCCCCAGAUAACAACCGCUACCGCCGCCACUGCGGACCCUGCACCCGGGGAGCGAGCCGGGCCUCCUGCGGGGAAAUGUGGUCCUUAAGGGGGGGGUCGUGGACAUCCGUCGUGGCCGCGGUGGCCACCUUGUUGUUGCUGGAUGCUGUGGGUCACGCGCAGGCGAAGAACUUUGAGGAUGUCCGCUGCAAGUGCAUCUGCCCGCCGUACAGAAACAUCACUGGCCACAUAUAUAACAGAAAUGUGUCUCAGAAGGAUUGUAAUUGCCUCCAUGUGGUGGAGCCCAUGCCGGUGCCUGGCCACGACGUCGAAGCUUACUGCCUGUUGUGCGAGUGCAAGUACGAGGAACGAAGCAGCAACACCAUCAAGGUAACCAUCAUCAUUUACCUCUCUGUUGUGGGUGCGCUGCUGCUCUAUAUGCUGUUCCUGCUGCUGGUUGACCCUCUUAUUCGCAAACACGACGCCUACACGCAGCCACUGCACAAUGAGGAGGACUCUGAGGAGAUGCGUCCCCCUGUGGACAGUGCUGCUGCCAGAGCAAACACAGUGCUGGAGCGGGUUGAAGGAGCACAGCAGCGCUGGAAGAAGCAGGUGCAGGAACAACGCAAGACAGUUUUUGAUCGCCACAAGAUGCUUAGCUAAACUCCACAGAGGUCCUCAGAAGGUUGGCAAUCGGUUACUUACCCGAGCUCAUCGCUAUUACACCGUCACCAGCUGCACAUUACUAACUUCUUUGUUAAUGAAGUCUUUCUUCACUCAGAAAAUAGUUAAACUCAUUGAUCUAACAAGCAGAGGUUGUUUUGUAAAUGUAACAUUUUAGGCCGAGUUGAAGUUGUGAAACAGCAUGGAUGCACACUGUUAACAGCUAGAAACCAGCUUAAUCCUUUCAUUCAUUUUCAGCAAUUAGCAGUGCAAUAGAUUUUGAAUGGUUUAAUUUCGUAAAAGACUGAAUAGUUUUGUAGCUUAUUUUUGAUCAUUUGUUGUAUAAUUGAGCUGUAUUUCUUGUAGCAUUAUUUCUGAAGUUCCCUCUGAACAGGAACGCUUUGUGUGUCUUUUAAGCUAUUUGGGUUGAACGAGUACUCUACUUGUGCUACUGUCACACAGAGCACAUUUCCUAGUUUAGUACCAAUAUGAAUUUAUUUGUCAACUUUCAAUAUUAGUUUCCCAUUGCUUUCUGUAGUUACCUAGGCAUAUUUGGCAAAAUUUGGACUAAUAGGGUAGUUUAUAGUGUAUAUAUGGGGUUUCUUAUUUUAAAGCUUUGACGUUGCUACAUUUAGAAAAAACCCAAAUAUGUGCCUUUUUCUUUUCCUUGUGAGGGGGGGGGGUGUGUGACAACAAAGUACAGCUCUAAACAUGUGUCCUAAAUAUCAGCAAUUCAUAGUAGAUUAAAUAUUACAGGUUUUAAGUUCUUUCAAAUAAUUACUUUUAGUAGUGUUCGUUGUUUUGAUGAAUUAACUCGUUAUCUUAAAUGUGUAAACUUAUUAGAAAAGGUUUGUCCAUUGUGGUUGGCAUAAUUCAUAUUUUUUUGCAAAGUGUGAAAAUACUUUACUGUAAAUUGGGGCAAUUAACAAAGCUGCAAAGCUCUCCUAAGUGUAAAACUAGCUCUAACACUGGAUCAUUCGCUGAAUCAGUAACGCUGCUAAUGAUGCGGCAGAAAGCCUCGGCCCUGGUGUGCGUGAUUCUGUAUCAGGGAAUCCUUACUACUGAAGCUCCCGGAUGGGGAACGUUUAAUACAGCAGACUGGCUCACAUUCUCUCAUGCACAACUUCUUAGUCGGUCAUGGUCUGUAUUAUCACUGAAGUGUUUUUCAUUGAUUGAUUGAUGUAUAUUUUCACGUUGUUUAUUUAUUCAUCCAGACUCACUGAAUUAUUUCACUGCUCAUGUCUAUACAGUGUGCUUGAUGUGAAAUAAAAAAUACAUAAAUAA